UGGAAUAAAUGUCAGCCUCCGGGAAAAGUACCAUCCUGUGGGAAAGGAGACAGCCAAAGGACAGCACAGGGGCAGGUUUCAGACCUGAGAAAGCAGAGAGCGAGCGGCAGCACCCUGAGCUUACAGCCAGUGGGCAGAGCCAGCCAGUCACCUCCCUGCAGCCGCAGGUCUGUGCAGAGAGCUGCCAGAGAUGCAGCGUCAGAGGCGGCUCCCACUGAUGCCAGCAGAGACCAGCGGGAUUUGAGCUGCCGCUCCACCGAGUCGGGACCAGGUGUGACUCAGGGCAAAGGUGCAAGAGCCAGAAAAGACGUUUGAGGAGGCUUUGAGUGCAUUGUCUGCUGGACUGGAAGGAUAAUGGAGAGCACGGGGGGGCCGUAUCUGAACACAGCCGCGGUGACUUCCCCGGUAGGAAUAGCUCGAUUGCUGCAGAUGACCUUCGGGUGUACCACGUUCAGCCUGGUUGCCCACCAAGGGGGGUUCAGUGCUGCCUACGGCACCUUCUGCAUGUUUGUCUGGACCUUCUGCUUUGCCAUCACUGUGUUCAUCAUCGCCUGUGAGUUCACACACCUGCACAGCUGCCUGAGCCUCUCCUGGGGAAACUUCACAGCUGCUUUUGCCAUGCUUGCCACGCUCAUGUCCAUCACGGCUGCAGUGAUCUACCCGCUCUACUUCGUCCAGGUGGGCUGUUACCCCAUCGGCUGCGAGGUGAGGGAUUUCCGCAUCGCAGCCAGCGUCUUCGCGGGCCUUCUGUUCGUCACCUACGCCGCUGAGGUGUUCCUAACCAGGGCAAAACCGGGACAAGUCACCAGCUACAUGGCCACCAUCUCUGGGCUCUUGAAAAUCGUUCAGGCCUUUGUGGCCUGCAUCAUCUUUGGGGCACUGGUGAAUGACAGCCAGUACGGUAAAUACGUGGCAACGCAGUGGUGUGUGGCUGUCUACAGCUUUUGCUUUGUGGUGACAGUGGUGGUAGUGGCCUUCAGUGUCACAGGUAAGACUGCCUUGCUGUGGUUCCCUUUUGAGCGUUCUGUGGUCAUCUACACCUUUGGGGCUGUGCUGCUCUACGCGAGUGCUGCGGUCAUCUGGCCAGUGUUCUGCUUCGACAGCAAGUACGGCUCUCCACGACGCCCUGGCCUCUGUGCCAAGGGCAAGUGUCCCUGGGACAGCCAGCUGGUGAUCGCCAUCUUCACCUAUGUCAACCUGCUGCUCUAUGUCUUGGACCUGGCGUACUCCCAGCGCAUCCGCUUUGUCUCGCACAUCUGAGUCGUGGCUCGGCCUCUGUGGAGGCAGCUCAGUGCUGCGAACCGCAGAGGGACGGGGCGAGGGGCAGAGAGCUGCUGGGCAGGCAUGCACACACCACCAUCAGCCCAACUUCAAGGUGAGGACUGACUACACUAAGGAAUUAAUGACCUGGAGCAGGUGGGCUGCAGCUGAUGCAGAGCACAGCCCAACUCCCCCAUGGUUCUGCCUCACCUGCCCGGUGCCAGCAGGAAGGAAUGGCACAGCUACACGUGCAUCUGCAGACAGCAGGAAUGCUGGUAGCCACAGCAGUGGGGCUGCAGGCUACCAGGUUACUGAGCCAAACAUUAGGAAAGACAUCAAGGAUUUUGAAACUGCUAACCAGUGCUUAGCAGGAACCAAGUGACUACUCAGGAAGUGGAAAAGUUAAAAGCUGCAUGAAGGAACCCCAGUUCAGGAGAUGAAAAUCAAUCCCUCAGAGUUUGGGUUAGUUUGGACUGUGUUGUGAGACAUGGAAUGCCUGCAAGUGUGGGUAGUUCCAGUCCAGGUGUUUCUGAGAAGAGCAUCAGAGCCAUAACAGUAUUUUGAAGGUUGCCAGUCUGUUCCCUUCCUCUCCUUUGCUGUCUAGCACAGAAAAGGAAUAUCCUCAAGUGCACACCCUGGAGGAGGCCUAUUUAAUUUAAUACUCCUCUUUAGCAAACACUGAGUCACUACAGAAAUGAAAAUUUGUAAAGUCGAGGCUCUGCUGCUGAGAGUCAGGUUGCAGAGCAGAGCCAACCAGCAAAGUGACUGUGUGUGACCUGCCACCCUCACUCGAGCAGCACAGAAAAUACCUUGGCACGUGCUCUGUCUGGAUUCAUGGGCCACCAUUUCUUUACACUGGCCUCAAGGGGUUUUUUUCUGGAGGCGUGAAGAUAAAUUCUGGUGGCAUGGGAAAGGGGAGGCAGAGACUGAUUGAUCUCACAGCGCUGCACAAGAGACCAGAGCGGGCGGGGAGGGGGCACGGGCAGGACGGGACACGGCAGAACUUGUGCACGGUACCCCGGAGCAGCUCGGGCGCAGGAUUCCUGAGCACUCUGCAUCACUGAGGAGCUGAAUUUCUCAGACCCAUCCCUAACAAAACACCCACUUUAAAGUUCCACACUUCUCAGCUCAGAUUUCAGGCCCCAUAGGAAUCUUCAUUUGUUCCAGGGAGAAGCCAGAAUGUCCAAGUGCUUGUGCAGCACAUGCAGACUUGAAUGCUUUGAAUAAAAUCUCCAGUAGCUGCCUGUCAGAAGCAAGAUUUAUUUUUUAACCAAAACAAAAUAAAGCUGAAUGGCAGAUGUACGCUUACAUCUCCCGAGA